UUUAGAAUUCUAUUGAUAAUGUUUUUCAAGACUAGGUUGGUCAACAAAACCGACCAUCGGAUCGAUUUUGAUGUUGAACAAGGGUAUUGUCCACUCGUAGCUCUGCCCCCGGGCAAAUCUCAAAGGGUGGCAGUCCACGUUGUACUCAACAUCAACUUCAACAGACCAACGUCACCGAUCCGUGUACUGAUCAAUGGCCGUUUUCACGGCAUGUGGUUGCAUCCGUAUCGAAUCGCUAAGAUGUCGCAGAUUGUCUUUAAAUAUCAACACGGUUUGCUGACUGCAGAAGGAUCAAUCGAGUCUUACUUUGACCGUUACUUUGCUUGUUGCAUCAACUGGGACAAUAGAAUCUACCAUCAAAUAGCACAAGUUGAUUGUACAUCUACAUUGGGAAGUGUUAGCGAGCCUAACAAAGAAACAAAACCUCCAGAAAAAACCCUCCAGCCCAUGUUACGAGUGCAUAUACCAGCACAGCAGAUGGCUCAACUCGAACCACAACCGGAAAUACCCGAUGUCCCGGCCGCUUCAGAGAUUAGGGUUUCCCUUGAACUCCCAACAAACUGCAAAAGAAAAUUCGUCAUUGACCACAGAACAAAAUUGCAACAAAAAAUAUCUGCGAAAAAACAGUGCAACAAUGAUGAGUUUAACCAACUGUUCGCUCAAUUUUCCCGCGUCUCCCUCAACAUCACCGUCUUCCCCAAUUUCAUCGACGCCGCAGCUUCCAUGCUCUCCGUGGAGGAAUCGAUGCGAGCUAGGCUUGACGUUCGCGAUAUCGGCCUCGACGGCGGCGAUUUCGCGGUGGUCGCGGAGCAGGACAGAGCUAUGGCGGUGGAUAUGCGAUCGUCGGUGACGGCUCCGAGAUGGAGCGACAAGAGAGCUCGCCUUCCGUGGCGGAUCAAUUCGCCGCGGCCAUCAGCGCGGCGGCGGUGGGAGACCACUGGCUUCUCUGAGACGGCUCCGCCGGUUAGGGCUGCGGUAAAAUCAGGCGCCAAGGGUUUGUUUAAGUAUGUGAUUAACCAUGUGUACAAAAUGGUGAAUUUUUAUACUGUGAAUAUCAACAAAUAUAAACCGAUUAUUUAAUUGGAACAUAAAU